UUAGCACAAACUUUUUUUAUAGGGCAUAAGUCAUUACAUUUCCAUACUUAAUCAAAUACAACCUCGUACGACCGAAAAAUUUGCGUAACUGUUAAUUCACUUUUUUUAUAAAUACCCUGGGAGAAUCAAAAUUCUAAUGAGUAAAAAUAAAACCGUACUAAUUAUUUUUUUUGUGUACUGAUCAUAUUACCACUGAUCAAGAGUCUAUUUUAUUAUUAAUCAUUUGAUGAAUUCGGAAAGGAUUUUACAAAAUUAUCUCCCAAAUGAAAUGAUGGUGUCAAUAAAUUGUUUACUCCUAGGAAUGACUUCUUUUGUUGAUACUUUUGUGGUUAACGUUGCUAAAGAAAGCGACAUUCAUGGUUCUUUGGUCAAAUUUGAUGAUUUAAAGAUUUCAGACCUCAAGUUUCUUGUCUAUAAUGAGAUUAAUCAUGAUAUUAAGUUUAAUUAUAAGUACAUUGACCUUUGGAAGGUUGACAUCGCUUACGGUGAAAGAGACAAACUUAAACAUGUUACUACCAAAGAUGAUAUUAUAGAAAAAUUUGGAGGCGAGCAGUUGAUACCCAUAUUCUUGGUUAAGAAAGUUUUUUUUGAACAAUUGCUUGUAGAUGAGAACAUUCACGUCAUCGUACAAUUAUUGCCCGCUGCUGCUGCAUCUCUUUCAUUUAAGGAAAUUAUUGAGGUUAUUAAAAAGAAUGCAUUAAAGGGUACACCUAAUUUGCCUGAUGUAUUAAGCAUGCCAUUGCAACAACGUAACUUCAAAGAGUCAAUGAGUUAUGUAAAUGAGACAAUAUACAAUAAUAUUACGGGCCGAGAUGGAAAAUCGAACUACUGGGUUCUUGUCAGUGGAGGAGCCCCGGGGAUAGGUAAAACUCGAUUUGGGCAGGAGCUUUUUAAUCAAGUCAGAAAAGACAUGCCUCAGUAUAUUCAGAAUAUUUACAAUGAUCGUAAAAUUCCUCAUGACAGAAGAAGAACUGACACACAUUUUGAAUACUUAUGUAUUGACUUCGGAAAUGGUCACAGACUUACUCGACAAGAUUAUGGCAUAGAUGCAUCAAUAAUUAUCGGCUUACGAAUUGCGCAUGCGUUUUUUAUUGAAAAAGAAUAUGGAAUGAGUUUUCAAGAAUUCCGCAUCGCACUUGAACAAUAUAGGGACAGCUUUAAUAAUUUUCAUUUUAAUGUUGUUAUCGGAGAAAUUCGCAAAGCCCUAAAUCUAUCCGAUAAACACUUAUUUUUCCUAUAUCUUCAUAUUGAUGAAUUUCAACUUAUUGAUUCAUGGGAUAAAGAGGAUAAGUCGAAUCCACCAACAAAACUCUUCUAUAAUAUGAUCCAUAAUAUUUCGGAAUUUAUGCUUAAAUCCGCUUUACCCGCCUUUGUCCAACCAUUCCUUUCAGGGACCGCUCCACUGGCUGUCAUUGAACAAAAAGAAGCUUCAAGAAUUUCAUUCGUGUUUGUUGAUUGUCCAUUAUUGAACGAUCAAUCCAUUAUUCGGAUUACGGAUCAUUUUGCAGAAAAAUUCAAUGCGGGAAUUGCAAACUAUGCAUAUAAAUGGAAAUAUUGUCGUCAAAUGCUUCAGCUUCUGAGGGAUACUGGUGGGUUGCCACGCGCACUUCAACGACUCUUUAUCGUCUGCUUUGGAGCAGAUGGUAAACAGGGGAGAGAAUUUUUUGAGAAACUUGAAAAAAAAGAUAUUAAGUUUGUGGACUAUUUCAUCAAAGUCAAGGACAGUCUUGAUAAACAGUAUGGCAUAAAAGACUAUGUUGAAAACAACAGAAAUGUUGCUAUGAAGCUCAUAUAUUUUUGCAUUGAAGGUAUUGCCAUUGACCCUAAUAAAUGUUUGGAUGAUAAUAAUCCAGCUCUUACAAUCAGAAGCCUAGAACGUGAUAAACAUAUUAUUCUCUCCUCUGUUGAACAAUCUGCCGGAUGCAAUUUGUUCCUUAUUAAUAUGCCCUUCUAUUUUAUCUGUUUAUAUAAUGACGUUCUGUGUAUUGUUAAACCUACACUUGUUCACUUGUUCUAUGAUGAACGCAUGUAUUGGGAAGAAUGGGAGGUGUUUGUGGCAUACCAUGAAGCAUUUCAAAAACAUGAUGGUAAAAUAAUAGACUGGCAGAAUGGUAAUGUAGUAGUUAUCAAUGGUAGUAGUGCUCCGUUUGCUGACGUGUUUCUUGUCAGAAAACUUGUGCAUAUUGAAUUUAAAAAAUUCCUAAUGUCGAACCAGUGCAAAUGGGAUUACGUUUCAAUAAAGAUGCCCGAAAGUAAAGUUGAAGAAGAAGAUGAGAAAAAUCCAAAGAGUUUUUAUACUGCUGUUGAUGAUGAUGAUGAUAAUUAUAUUCUUAUUACAAUUAUUUUUACUUCGCAACCAUAUAAGAAGGAAAAGCAUGUAUCAGGUGUUUUGGUAAUUUCAAAAGAGGAUUUUAAAAAACACUUUGGACCCGUUUUUUCCUCUCGGGCAUCAUUUGCCAUUACCGGAGAUGCAAAUCCCAACUUUUGGGAAAAAAAUAGGUUGAAAAAUGUUCUUUACGGUAUUGGCGAUGCCUCGAUUGAUAAUGUAAUCAAAAAACGGCCAUAUUAUAGCGAUGAAGAUUAUUAUAUCAAAAAUCCAGGGGCUAAAAAAAUGCCAAAAAUGGAUUAUUUCCCAUUUGACGUGUCAGAAAUUUUAGAUAUCGAAAACCGAUGAUUGAUGUGAACCAACAACUCCAACAAAUGAGAUGAUGCAAUGACAAACGCACGCGCGGGUUACCAAAGGGUUCAUACUAAUAGUAAUCAUGUACACCUUGUAUAUUAAACUAUUAAAAAAUAAGAUUUUUUUGCGUUUACGAAAAAUUUAUUUGAU